AUGCAGUCGACAAGUGAAUCGUCAACUGUAGCUCAAGGAACAGCUCAAAGUGCUGGGAGAGUUUCAUUAAAAGAUCUGUGUUGCUUAUUUUGCUGUCCUCCACUACCUUCUUCGAUUGUCUCAAAGCUGGCUUUCAUGCCACCCGAACCAAGUUAUCGCAUCGUGCAACACGAUUCUCAACAUUUGCAACUUUCUAGUACAUGGCUAGAAUUGGUGGAAGGACGUGCAGAUUGGCCACAUGGAGCCGAUGAAUUACGAAAUGUGGACGUAUUCUACACGCGAACCCGAAGGAGGAAUAAAAUAGCUUGUAUGUAUGUGAAACCGUGCGGAGAUGCUCAUUUCACAUUGCUUUUCUCGCACGGAAAUGCAGUCGAUUUAGGACAAAUGUGCAGCUUUUAUUAUGGUCUUGGUUUCCGCCUCGGUUGCAAUGUUUUUAGUUAUGAUUAUUCUGGAUAUGGUUGUUCCGGUGGAAAACCGUCGGAAAAAAAUUUAUAUGCAGAUAUAGCAGCUGCAUUGGCGGCACUAAAGUCACGUUACCAGAUGCCAUCUGAUCGUGUCAUCCUUUAUGGACAAUCUAUAGGUACUGUACCAAGUGUAGAUUUGGCGAGUGUUGAAGAUGCGGUAGCAGCGUUGAUUUUGCAUUCGCCGUUGAUGUCAGGAAUGCGUGUUGCAUUCCCGGGUACUCAACGAACAUGGUGUUGUGAUGCAUUUCCAUCGAUCGAGAAAAUUCCUCGUGUUCGUUGUCCGACAUUGGUUAUUCAUGGAACCGAUGAUGAGGUGAUAGAUUUUUCACAUGGAGUAUCCAUUUAUGAGCAGUGUCCAUCAAGUGUGGAACCGCUGUGGGUAGCAGGUGCAGGUCAUAACGACGUGGAAUUGCAUGCUGCUUAUUUGGAUCGUUUAAGAGGAUUCAUCGAAAACGAAGCAUUCAGGAACAAAGACACCCAACCGAAUGUUUCUUGA